AUGGCUCUUCCUGAAAAAUGUGUUUGGGGCCUUCAGAAAACUUUAAAUGCUCGUGAGAAAUUUAAGUUGCACAUCAGUUAUCAAGUGGGGCGUGAUUCUGACUUUUGGCUUUGGCACGAUCCUUGGCUCGCUAAUAAUUCACUGAUCGAGCUUUUCGGAAGCAGGGUCAUCUUUUAUAUGGAAUCUUUUGAUCUUUCCUGUGUUCGAACGAUUAUUCGUGAGGGAACUUGGGACCUUGGGUCUUCUAACGAUCAAUCUGUGCGGGAUUUACGUCUUAAGUGUGCUCAUUUGCACAUUUACGAUCGUGAUACCAUAUUAUGGGAUGGUUCGCACUAUAACAAAAUGAAACUCAGUAUUUUGUGGGAUAGUCUUCGACCCUCUAGAGUUAAACCAGGGUGGUAUGGCCUUGUUUGGUGCAAAUUUAUGGUACCAAAGUCUGCUUUUCAUAUGUGGUUAGUUGUUCAAGAGCGGUUGCUCACCAAGGACCGUAUGCUGAAUUUUAGAAUGCAGGUAACUGACUUGUGUGUCUUGUGUAGUGCGGAGCCGGAAUCUCAUGCUCAUCUAUUUACCAAUUGUUGGUACACUCGAAGUGUUUUGGCAUCCUGGCCACAUAAUAUUACCAAUUCUUGGACUGAUCUUCAAUCUGGCGAUGUUUGUUCUGCUCAGCUUUCUACAGUUAAAAAAGAAAUGACUUUUCUUUUCAUCUCAAUUGUUUGUCACUCGGUGUGGAGGGAGAGGAAUGCGAGGAUACACAACAGUGCCACCCCCUGUAGUGCUGCUACUUUGAUUGAGGGAAUUAAGCGAGAUGUUAGAAACAAGUUUGCUACAUGUGACUUAUUUAGAUUGUGUGUUACUCAGGACUUUUCCUUAUCGGCUUAUUUGUAUUAG